AUGCCGCAGGGAGAUUACAUUGAGCAACACAGGAAGAGGCAUGGAUAUCGCCUCGACCACUUCGACCGUAAGCGCAAGAAGGAGGCCCGUGAAGUUCACAGGCACUCCAAAACAGCUCAAAAGUCUCUAGGUAUCAAGGGUAAGAUGAUUGCCAAGAAAAACUAUGCUGAGAAAGCUCAAAUGAAGAAAACAAUAAGAGCGCAUGAGGAGUCAUUUGAUAGACGUAAAGCUGAUGAGGAUGUUCAGGACGGAGCUCGUCCCGCUUAUCUUCUUGAUCGUGAGGAGACCAAACGUGCCAAGGUUCUUAGCAACACCAUUAAACAAAAGAGGAAAGAGAAAGCUGGGAAAUGGGAGGUCCCUCUACCAAAGGUCCGUCCAGUGGCUGAAGAUGAAAUGUUCAGAGUGAUCCGAUCUGGGAAGAGGAAAACAAAACAAUGGAAGAGGAUGGUUACAAAGGCAACAUUUGUUGGACCUGGUUUCACAAGGAAGCCACCAAAGUAUGAGCGUUUUAUCCGCCCGUCUGGUCUGCGUUUCACCAAGGCCCAUGUUACUCACCCUGAGCUCAAAUGUACUUUCUGUCUUGAGAUCAUCGGAGUUAAGAAGAACCCUAACGGUCCAAUGUAUACUUCACUCGGUGUCAUGACCAGAGGAACAAUCAUUGAGGUCAAUGUGAGUGAGCUUGGUCUUGUUACACCAGGUGGAAAAGUUGUCUGGGGAAAAUACGCUCAAGUGACUAACAAUCCAGAGAAUGACGGGUGUAUAAAUGCAGUUUUGCUUGUGUAA